GGGCGGGGCGACGCGGCUGGCCCCGCCCCGCACGCAGCUCCGCCGGCGGCCGCCUUCCCCGCGUCGCUGCCUGGCGCGGGGCCGCCACCCUCGGGGAUGCGAGGGGCAGCGCGAGGCCCGCGGGGCCCGGAGCGGCGCGAGGCGGGCCGCCGAGGCUCCACCCGCUUUGGCCCGGAACCAGCCCCCAAAGGCUAAAAAUACCCCCCGAGGCUUCUGGGCGGAACCGGAUCGCGCUCAGCGGGGCGCGAGGCAUCGGCGGCGGGCGGCGGCCUCUCCCCGCGGAGCAGGUGUGCGCGGAGGCCAGGAUGAAGCUGAAAAAGCAGGUGACCGUGUGCGGGGCCGCUGUCUUCUGCGUGGCCGUCUUCUCCCUCUACCUCAUGCUGGACCGAGUGCAGCACGACCCGACCAGGCACCAGAAUGGCGGGAACUUCCCCCGGAGCCAAAUUUCUGUGCUGCAGAACCGCAUCGAGCAGCUGGAGCAGCUGCUGGAGGAGAACCACGAGAUCAUCAGCCACAUCAAGGAGUCCGUGCUGGAGCUGACCGCCAACGCCGAGGGCGCGCCCGCCCUGCUGCCCUACUACACGGCCAACGGCUCCUGGGUGGUGCCGCCCGAGCCCCGGCCCAGCUUCUUCUCCGUCUCCCCCCAAGACUGCCAGUUUGCUCUGGGGGGCCGGGGCCAGAAGCCGGGGCUGCAGAUGCUGAGCGUGUCGGAGGAGCUGCCUUUCGACAACGUGGACGGCGGCGUGUGGAAGCAGGGCUUUGACAUCUCCUACGGCCCCCACGACUGGGACGCCGAGGACCUGCAGGUGUUCGUGGUGCCGCACUCCCACAACGACCCAGGCUGGAUCAAGACCUUUGACAAGUACUACGCGGAGCAGACCCAGCACAUCCUCAACAGCAUGGUGACCAAGCUGCAGGAGGACCCCCGGCGGCGCUUCCUCUGGGCCGAGGUCUCCUUCUUUGCCAAGUGGUGGGACAACAUCAACGCCCAGAAGAAAGCGGCCGUCCGGAGGCUGGUGGGCAGCGGGCAGCUGGAGAUUGCGACAGGAGGCUGGGUGAUGCCCGAUGAGGCCAACUCCCAUUACUUCGCCCUGAUCGACCAGCUCAUCGAGGGACACCAGUGGCUGGAGAAGAAUCUCGGUGUGACCCCGCGCUCGGGCUGGGCCGUGGACCCCUUCGGCCACAGCCCCACCAUGGCUUACCUGCUGCGCCGUGCCAACCUGACCGGCAUGCUGAUCCAGAGGGUGCACUACGCCAUCAAGAAGCACUUUGCGGCCACCCACAGCCUGGAGUUCAUGUGGAGGCAGAGCUGGGACGCGGACUCCAGCACAGACAUCUUCUGCCACAUGAUGCCCUUCUACAGCUACGACAUCCCCCACACCUGCGGCCCGGACCCCAAGAUCUGCUGCCAGUUUGAUUUCAAACGCCUGCCCGGCGGGCGCAUCAACUGCCCGUGGAAGGUGCCUCCUCGUGCCAUCACCGAGGCCAACGUGGCCGAGAGGGCGGCCCUGCUCCUGGACCAGUACCGCAAGAAGUCCCGGCUCUUCCGGAGCAACGUCCUGCUGGUGCCGCUGGGCGACGACUUCCGCUACGACAAGCCCCAGGAGUGGGACGCCCAGUUCUUCAACUACCAGCGGCUCUUCGACUUCCUCAACAGCAGGCCCGACCUCCACGUGCAGGCCCAGUUCGGCACCCUCUCCGACUACUUUGACGCCCUGUACAAGAGGACGCGGGUGGAGCCAGGGGCCCCGCCCCCGGGGUUCCCUGUGCUGAGCGGAGACUUCUUCUCCUACGCGGACCGCGAGGACCAUUACUGGACCGGCUACUACACCUCCCGGCCCUUCUACAAGAGCCUGGACCGCGUCCUGGAGGCCCACCUGCGCGGGGCGGAGAUCCUCUACAGCCUGGCAGCCGCUCACGCCCGCCGCGCCGGCCUGGCCAGCCAGUACCCGCUCUCGAACUUCGCCCUCCUGACCGAGGCUCGGCGCACCCUGGGGCUCUUCCAGCACCACGACGCCAUCACCGGCACCGCCAAGGAGGCCGUGGUGGUGGACUACGGGGUCAGGCUGCUGCGCUCCCUGGUCAGCCUGAAGCAGGUCAUCAUUAACGCCGCUCACUACCUGGUGCUGGGGGACAAGGAGGCCUACCGCUUCGACCCCGAGGCGCCCUUCCUCCAGAUGGAUGACACCCGCUUAAACCAUGACGCCCUGCCGGAGCCCACGCUGAUCCAGCUGGACGCCUCGCCCAGGUACGUGGUGCUGUUCAACCCGCUGGACCAGGAGCGGCUCAGCGUGGUGUCCCUGCUCGUCAGCUCGCCCCGGGUGCGCGUCCUGUCGGACGAGGGCCAGCCCCUGGCCGUGCAGGUCAGCGCGCACUGGAGGUCCGCCACCGACAUGGUCCCCGACGUCUACCAGGUGUCUGUGCCCGUCCGCCUGCCGGCGCUGGGCCUGGGCGUGCUGCAGCUGCAGCUGGGCCUGGACGCGCCCCGCACCCUGCCCUCCUCCGUGCGCGUCUACCUGCACGGCCGCAAGCUGGCCGUCAGCCGGCACGAGGCCUUCCCCCUCCGCGUCAUCGACUCGGGCCCCGGCGACUUCGCCCUCAGCAACCGCUACAUGCAGGUCUGGUUCUCAGGCCUCAGCGGGCUCCUCAAGAGCGUCCGAAGGGUGGACGAGGAGCGGGAGCAGCGCGUGGACAUGCAGUUCUUGGUCUACGGCACCCGCACGUCCAAGGACAAGAGCGGCGCCUACCUCUUCCUGCCUGACGGCGAGGCCCAGCCCUACGUGCCCAAGGAGCCCCCCGUGCUGCGCGUCACCGAGGGCCCCUUCUUCUCGGAGGUGGCGGCGUACUACGAGCACGUCCACCAGGUGGUCCGGCUCUACAACCUGCCAGGGGUGGAGGGGCUGUCGCUGGACGUGUCGUCGCUGGUGGACAUCCGGGACUACGUCAACAGGGAGCUGGCCCUGCGCGUCCGCACGGACAUCGACAGCCACGGCACCUUCUUCACGGACCUCAACGGCUUCCAGGUGCAGCCCCGGCGGUAUCUGAAGAAGCUGCCCCUGCAGGCCAACUUCUACCCCAUGCCCGCCAUGGCCUACAUCCAGGACGCCCAGAACCGGCUCACGCUGCACACGGCGCAGGCCCUGGGCGUCUCCAGCCUCCACGACGGCCAGCUGGAGGUGAUCCUCGACCGGCGGCUGAUGCAGGACGACAACCGAGGCCUGGGCCAGGGGCUCAAGGACAACAAGAGGACCCGCAACCACUUCCGCCUCCUCUUGGAGCGCCGCACCCUGGGCAGUGAGGUGUCAGACGGCCACUCUACCAGCUACCCGUCCCUCCUCAGCCACCUGACCUCCGAGUACCUGAAUGCCCCGGUGCUUGCCCUGCCCGUAGCCAAGCGGCAGCCCCCGGCUCCCGGUCUGCGCUCAUUUCAUCCUCUGGCUUCCUCGCUGCCCUGCGACUUCCACCUGCUCAACCUGCGCACGCUCCAGGCUGAGGAUGAGCCCUCCUUGCCCUCGGCAGAAGCUGCACUCAUCCUGCACCGCAAAGGCUUCGACUGUGGCCUUGAGGCCAAGAACUUGGGCUUCAACUGCACCACAAGCCAAGGCAAGGUGGCCCUGGGGAGCCUCUUCCACGGCCUGGACGUGGGCUUCCUGCAGCCGACCUCCCUGACGCUGCUGUACCCGCUGGCCUCGCCCUCCAACAGCACGGACGUGUACCUGGAGCCCAUGGAAGUUGCCACCUUCCGCCUCCGCCUGGGCUAAAGGGGCAGGCCAGCCGCAGAGACCGCCUCCAGCGUGAGGUCGGGUCGGACCAGCCACACUGGGCACCCUGUCCCGCUCUGCCUCUCAGAACCGUGACAGACUGAGCUCGGCCUCGCUUCCUGUUUGUUGUCGUUGCUUCUGUGUUCGGGGGCAACCCGCGGCCCCAUGCUGGGCGGCCCGGGCAGACGCUGGUGAGACCCAGGAGAGAAGGCCCUGGGUCAGUGGGCAGGGCCCGCCUCGGCUUUGGGGUGUGAGUGGCCGCCCAGCUGGGCACUGGCUCAAGCGCCCGUCCUUUUCCCAGAAUGGGAUGGAGGAGAAUCAGGAGAGGUGGGGGAGGCUGAAGGGGUAACCGCCAGCCUCAGGGUCGGCUGGUCCUAGGGGGUCCUGUGGUCGUGUAGGGACUGUGUCCCGGGGUGGCGAGCAGGAGCAGAGGGGUGCUGGGAGGAGGGCGGGGAGGAGCAGGAGGACUCCCGCUCUGAGUGCUCCCUGGCCCGCACGCCCUGGAGACUGUCGUGGCCAGAGGUCAGGACACUUCAGGUGCCGAAUCCCCCGCUCAGACUGGGUGCCUGGUCUGGGUGCCGAUCUGGGGGAUGGUGGCCCUCCCCCCUGCGGACUCCUCUCUGGUUCCUGUCCUCUGCACACCACGGUCCCCACGAGCCCCUUCCAGCCCCUUCCAGCCGUGGGGGGGAUGUGACCCCGCGCAUCUCCUUUCCCUGGGGAGAAAGCGCCGCUCCAAGAUGCCCUGUGCCUGGGCGAGCGAAGGCGGCCUCGCACCGUCCCUGCAGCCAGGCCUCGGCCUCCCCGCGCGUCUCCGGAAGAAUCCGGGUCCCGGCACAGGCACCAGGGACGUGGGAGUGACUGGGGCACUGGGGCUGCUCACCAGCCUUCAUCUCAGCUUCGAUGAAUAGAGAACGUUUCGUGAUAGUCUCUGUAGAUGCUGAAAUGACAUUUGGCAAAAUUUACAAUCCAUCCCUUAUUAACACUCCUAAGAUUAGAAAGAGACGUUCAUCCAGGUAAAGGUCUCUCAGAAACCAGCAGGUAAUGGCAUUCUAAAGGGGCCGACUCCAGGCGUUCCUGGUCAAGCCAGAACCCAGCCGAGGGCUCACCGUCACUUGGGGAAGUCCUGGCACCGCUGACCCCGCAACGGGCAGAUGACGGGGAAGAGAAAGUGGCAGUUGUCGCUGGCAGACGCUAGAAGGGCCGACCUAUAGAACCUAAGUGUGUCCGUGGAAGACCUAUUAGCAGCAUUCUGUAAGUUGACCCAAAUGACACCUCAAUUUCCUGUGUAGACUGGCGCUCUCCGUACAGCCCACACGUUCAUGCUGUUCCCUGAUUUGGGGUACCUUUUGGAAUGUGACAGGUUCUGGAGUUCACUGGGAAGAGUAAAUGUGUGAGAGUA